AUGGGACGCAAUGAGUAUGGAGCCCUCGGUGGUAUCUGCGGUUAUGCCAGAGUAAAGUAUGAAGAGAGAAUCGAAGUGAAAAGACGCAAAAGGGCGUCCAGCGAGCCAGCCGCUAGGAAUCAACUUUACGGCAAGCUACACAAACCGCCGACAGUCCAGAGCUUACAUGAACGCCCUCGUAACCGACUCCAGAAGCGCAGUUUGACACGUUCAGAACUUCAAGCGUCCGCUCUCUUGUAUAUCCUGGAGUAUGAGCCGUACCCCUACAACACCCGGCCAAGCGAGUUUAUAGGCGUCUAUUCAACAAUUGAUUCCGUCACAUUAGGAGCGUUCAAACACGGCGCAUAUACAUUCUCAAGAGAAGGAUUGUUGGAUGGAAGCGAGUAUCUCAGUUCUACGGGUCGGAUCAAAAUUCUCUCUCAAGCUGUAGAGAAUCACGGUGUCAAAGCACUCGUCCCUGAUCGAAGCCGAAGCCUGGAUGACGAGCAUGUACGACUAGAUAUACCGCAUCCCACCAACCAAGAAGAAGUUAACACAAAGGAAGCUGCCCGAGAGACGGUGUUCCUAGCUAUCCACCAAAGCCCUUAUGUCGCUUGUUGUAUCGGGCUUUUCACAGAGAAAAGUCUGGCGUGGGGGGCAUGUCUCAAGGACAAGGCCUCGUAUGCUGUGUCGGGCACCUUACUCGAGGAAGAGCGAUCCAUCGGCGCGAAAAACAUGCCACAGAUAACAGCUAGGCUUGUCGGUAGUGGUCGUCAUUCGUGGUUUGUUCAACCGCAUGAAAUCGAUGGUCCGGGUCGAUGA